CAGGAAACCUGACCCCCUCUUUUGUCUCUCUGUCCCUCUAUCUCUGCCACCAGUCUCUCAGCCCCUCCAUCUGCGAUAUGGUGAGUCCCCUCUGGCCCACACCCCAGCCCCACCACCAUGGAUGGAAGGGCUCAGAGGGCAGCAGCAAUUAGCACCCAGAGUUUAGCCCUGGGGCUGCCCCAAGGCAGACAGCACAGUUCCUGGCCAGCUCACACCCCCUUUGACAUCCCCCCCCCACCAUCUCCCUAACAUCCAGUGUGGCAGCCUGAGCUUCUCCCAACAGCCCAGGGUGGUGGGAGUGGGGGGCAGGAUGCCUUUAGGCUCUGCCCACCUUGGUUCAUCCAGCAAUGGGCCCUAAGCAGCAGUCUGGGUUGGGGGACACAGGUGGGAACCCACAUUGUAAGUAGGACUCCUGUGCCCCCGACACAGCACACUGCCCCCAACCACCUCAGUGAUCUUGGUCCAAGUUGUUGUGGCACUCUGGACUGGGUCAGGCCAGGUGCCAGGUACCUGGGAGGCCCAGAGAGGCCUUGCAAUGUGCCCAGAGUGGCAACGUGCCCAGCUGCUAGGUCUCCCACACCUGGCCCAGGCCCAGGGACAGCAAAGAAAAAAUGUCCCACUGGUGUGUCCCACAGAGCUCCAAGCAGCCUGUGUGGGCAUCAGUCAGGGGACGGGCCAUCCCAAGUCCCACGGAGAUACGGGGGUGAGGGAGUUACGAUUUCACGAACAGGGAACAUUUCUUUCACUUGUAACGUUAGCCUGCAGAGGGCCCACUGCUGUCCUCCCCAGCCCUGCACAGGGGGAGUGGAGUGGGGUGCUUGGCGGGGCUUCCAGGGCUCCACCAUGGCAGGAAUCCACCAUGAUUAGUGGGCCCGAGGCCCAGGGAGCAAUGAGCAGCCCAGGGGCACCAAGUAGCACAGGUGCAUCUAGUCUGCCCUCAAAAAACAUAUCUGGAACGGCUCCUGGAUGCGGGGCGCAGUUUGAGAUGCUGGGGCUGGACCGACAAGUAAAAGUGACAUCACCCCCUCCCCCGCCCCCAGCACUGCCCUGUGGAGCCUGCUACGGCAGAGCCUGUGUGGGAGGAGGGACCCAAUGGUUCACAGGCUGGCCUUGCCUAACCCUGGCAUUGCACCUAACCGUUGACAAAGCACGCUGACACACAUGACUUGGUGACAAGCCUCCACCCACAGCGUUCUCUAGCCUCUCUCAGUCCCUUGGACAGGAUCUGUGUCCAUCAUCACUCCAGUUGAGGGGGUUGGGUGGGGGUUGGAUCUGGGCUCCUGGGUGACUUGAUGGGCCCCCUUUCCAGGCCACCCCAGACACACCCCUUCCCAUCUCAGCUCUCCCUAGAUCCGCUGUGUCCCAAGUGGGACAGGCCCCUGGGCUCCAAGGACCUGGAGGAAGAGGAGGGUCCUUGGGGAGGGAGCUCGGCCCUUCCGCCCACAGACGGCCUCCCGGGCCCCUGGUGCCAACACGUGGGCCUGGACUGCAAGGGCAUGUCCGAGGGGGCCGAGGCCCAGGCCUGGACGGCUUUCUACUACAAUCUGUUGCAAAGCUGCCUGCAGCAAGCUGGCCUCCCCAAGACCCAGGACUGCAGCCAGGUGCCCCGGACAGGCUGCCCUGGGGCAGAAGUCACCCUGUGCAUUCUGGGGUCCCCCAGUACCUUCCUGUCUGUGCUGCUGGAGGGAGGGGUCCAGAGCCCCGGAAAUAUGCUCCUAUGCUUGUCCCCUGCCUGGCUGAAGAAGAUGCCAGCCCCUGGGCAGGCUGGCGAGGCGGCUCUGCUGGUCUCGAAGGCUGUGAGCUUCCAUCCGGGAGGUCUGACGUUCCUGGAGGAAUUUGUGCCCCCGCGCCAGGCCACCUACUUUCUGGCAGGCCUGGGGCCGGGGCCUGGCUGGGGUCGUGAGGCGGCGGAACUGGCCCGGGACCUUUCCUGCUCCACAGGCGCUUCCGCAGAGCUGGCUCGGCUGCUGGAGGACCGGCUGCUGGCCAGAACCUUGCUGGCCAGACAGCCGGGUGUGGCUGUGCCAGCUACCCUGGCCUUCACCUACAAGCCACUGGGACUGCUGCAGGGUGGGGAGGGCAGCCCUGGACUGAGGCUGGUGGAGCUAAGUGGCAAAGAGGGCCAGGAGGCCCUGGUGAAGGAGGAAGUGGGGGCGUUUUUGCACUCAGAGGCUCUGGGGGACACCCUGCAGGUGGCUGUGAAGAUCAGUGGCUGGCGCUGGCAAGGGCGGCAGGCCUGGCGUCUCUACCCAAGGUCAGAACUGGGUGCCAUCGUGGACUCAGUACUGGUUUUGCUGGAGAAACUGGAGGAAGAGGAGGGCGUGCUGGUGGAGGCAGUGUGCCCACCUCCCAGGCUGCCCAGCACAGACAGCCCCCUGGCUGGGCCUGAGCUGGCUGUUCGCAUCUGUGCCGUGGUAUGCUGCACACAGGGGGACAGGCCACUGCUGAGCAAGGUGGUGUGCGCCGUGGGCCGGGGCGACCGGCCGCUGCGGCACCGCAACUCCCUGCCGCGUCCGCUGGAGGUGGCGCUGGCCCAGUGCGGCCUGAGCGAGCCCACACAGGUGGAGGCCCUGCGGCAGCGCAUCAAGGCGGCGGCUGAGGAGGCACUGGCCGCCGUGCUGGGUCUGGAGGCCGGCCUUAGCGCCCAGCAGCGCGGGGGGCGCCGGCUGCACCUAGUGGAGUCGAACCCCACGCACUUCGCCUCCCAGCUGGUGCACACCUUCAUCCACUUCGACGUGACGGAGCACCGCCGGGAUGAGGAGAACGCUCUGCUGCUUGCCGACCUCGUGCGGGCCCGUGGCCUGCAACUGGACGGCUGCUUCUCCUACUGGGAUGACUGCUUGGUGCUCACAGCCCUGCUGUGCCAGGAGCUGGGGCUGCCCUGCAGCCCGCCCGCUGCAAUGCGCCUGGCCAAGCAGAAGAGCCGCACCCAGCUGCACCUGCUGGGCCAACGAGGCCCGCCCUGGCCGGCGCCCGCCCUGCACGCCGUGCCCUGCUGCCCGCUGGAGAGCGAAUCAGAUGUGCAGCGGGCCGUCCGCCAGGUGCCCCUGCCCGGUGUCAUGAAGCUGGAGUUUGGGGCAGGCGCGGUGGGCGUAAGGCUGGUGGAGGAUGCACCACAGUGCCACGAGCACUUUGCCCGGAUCGCCCACGACCUGCAGGGCGAGGCGGACCACCCGGGCAUUGGGCUGGGCUGGGGCAACGCCAUGCUGCUGAUGGAGUUCGUGGAGGGCACAGAGCAUGACGUGGACUUGGUGCUCUUUGGCGGCCAGCUGCUGGCCGCCUUCGUCUCCGACAACGGCCCCACACGGCUGCCGGGCUUCACGGAGACGGCAGCCUGCAUGCCGACGGGGCUGGCACCGGAGCAGGAGGCGCAGCUGGUGCAGGCAGCCUUCCGCUGCUGCCUGGGCUGCGGGCUGCUGGACGGGGUUUUUAACGUGGAGCUCAAGCUGACCGGAGCCGGCCCACGACUGAUCGAGAUCAACCCCCGCAUGGGUGGCUUCUACCUGCGGGACUGGAUCCUGGAGCUCUAUGGUGUGGACCUGCUGCUGGCAGCCGCCAUGGUGGCCUGUGGUCUGCGGCCCGCCCUGCCCGCCCACCCUCGAGCCCGCGGCCACCUGGUGGGUGUCAUGUGUCUGGUGUCCCAGCACCUGCAGGCGCUGAGCUCCAGCGCCAGCCAGGAGGCCCUGCAGGCCCUGCAUGAGCGGGGUGUGCUGCGCCUCAACAUGCUGGAGGAAGCCCUCAUGCCCGGCAAGUAUGAGGAGCCCUACUGCAGCGUGGCCUGUGCCGGGCCCAGCCCUGCAGCCGCGCGCUGCCGCCUGCUGGGCCUCUGCCAGGGCCUGGGCAUCGACGCGCCCCACUACCCAGUGGCCCACUUCCUGUCCCACUUCAAAUAACACUGGGCGCCUGCUUGGGGAGGGGGACCGAUUGCGGGGAGAGGACUGUGGUGCCCUCUGCUCCUGGGCAGAGGCUCCCCCUGCCUCUCUCUUCAUCAACUUGCCCCCUGGCUUGACCCUCUUCAAGGCCUCAGAUCUAUUCCUCAUCAGCACGGCCACGUCACUUCCAAGCGCUCCUGAGCCACGACACAAAAGGAUGUGGACUGGAGAGGCCACGGGACCCUCCUGUCCUCCCAGAGCCCACAGCAGACCCAGCAUUCAGGUCUUGAAGAGGUCCAAACCGCCGCACCUCACUAACCCCUGGCCCUAACCCUGGCCCUCCCCCAAGGCCUCUGAGUCUCUUCUUCCUCUCACCCCGUCUGGGUCCCCCGAAAACCUUCAACUCACCCCCUGCCCUCUUAGUGAACAGAUCCCAGGAUAGUUCUUGGACCUGCUGGUCAUGCCCUCUGGCAGGGUUCACCUGCCUCCCUUGGCCUGGGCAGUGGAUGCAGGUGACCCCAGCCCAGCAGUCAUCUCUCCUCUCAUACCUCCACGGGGGAACGGGCUCAGAAAAGUGAAACAAUUGGCUGCAGGUCACAUCACAGUGGACAGAGGGGCGGGGUUUCUGUUGUAAGUCAUACACGCCUACUCAGCUCCGGGCCAGCUCCCCACGUUCAUAUGUCACCCCGAGACACACGAACACCUGUCCUGUCCCACCUGAGCCGCGGGCAUGGCUAACGAACAUGGGGGAAUUCAUCGCCCACCGCAGUGUGCACCCCGGAUGCAGAGAGGCCGCGGUCAACGCCCGUCUCCAGGCAGCACAGAAGCUGUGAUGAACAGUCCCAUGGGCAUUCCACACCACCUUUCCCGCACCCCAAUAAAGGCUGAUGGACUAGU